CCCGAUGAAUAUCUUCCAGUUGGGCGAACAAGAUGCGAACAAGGACGAGCCACGGUGGAGUUCAAAGAACCUGUUCAAUAGAAAACUGUCGACAGAUGACGAGUUUGAGAAACAGGCCGAAGAAAAUGGAAGCUACGACGGAAGGCGUCGCGUGUACGGGAACUACUACUUACAGCCGUCGACCGUCGUUCUUUCUGGGCAAUAAAAAGACCACGUCUACAAAGGAACUCAACCUGCAGGAGGACAAGCAAGAUGAAGCUGAGCCUGCGCUGCCUCUGCCUCCCUGUCCCCUCUCCGACAGCAGUGAGGACGAUGACUUCGGUGACCUACGGCAGAUGAAAAUACGCAAGGACGUCGCGGGAGUUCAGCGGUGCGACUCAAACUUGGUGUGCCACUACGACCCCGACACGGCCUAUGAGGAAGCGAAAAAAAACGAAGAGGCGCUGGACCUGCCUUGCUUCUCGAUUGAGAGUUCUGGUGACGAAGUAGAUCCUUCGUGCCGGGAGACGACGUUGAAGAAAU